UUGACACCAGGUAGCAGCAGACAUGAUGACGUGCACCUGGACGUAAUCAGUCCCAAAGGUAAACAGCAGCAGAGCAGGGAACCAGCACGUCAUCAUGUUUUGUGUUUCCCGCAUCUUUCAGUUCACUGAUGAUCCAGCAGAGGGCAGUGUACCGCCAUCUGUCUGCUGCUGCCGCCUUCAAGUCCGUCAGGAAACAUCCCAUCCAUGUUUCACUCAGGUGUGAUGUGUGAGUGAUGUCAGCUCUCUGCUGGCUGCUGAUUGGUCCACAGACAGCAGAUGAUGAAAAAUGAGACCUUCAUUCAUAAUUCAGAAGCUGCAGUUUGUCUCUUAACCUCAGACGGACGGACGACUGGAAUUCAACAUGGAGUCAAACAGCCUCGGAGGUGAGAUCUGUCGUUGUGUCUCCAGAGUCUCCGUCAAGCUUCAGUCUCUGCAGAGACUCUGUCACCUGGACGUGGUGUAUGUUCGCCACAUCACAGCGGCCUUCCUCCCGCAGCAGGAAGUGAGGCUGGACAGACAGGAAGUGAGGCUGGACAGACAGGAAGUGAGCCUGACUCUAAACAGGAUGUUCCACAGUGUGUCACAGGAAGUAGAAGGUCAUGUGACUGAAGAGGCAGCGGAGGAGACGUGCAGACUGAUGUUUACUGUCUACGACCGGGGUCAGUCUGGUUGUAUUUCGGCUGCUUCUCUUCAGACAGCUCUGAUUUCUCUCUCAGCUGAAACUCUUCUGCUCAAAUACACAGCUCUGCUGGGUGUUGCAGAGGACGGUUCAGGGUCAGUCAGCCGCUCCAGACUCAGAUCUCUACUGCAGGACCUCAGCCUGGUACCUGUGGUGGUGCAGGAGGACAGCAGAGUGUUUGGUGGCGUGGAGGCAGCGAUGACCUCGUGUUUUAACGAGGUGGCGACGGCGACGGCGAGCGUGGGACACGUGAUGUCGUGGCUGCAGAGCGAGCCGCGCCUGUUGCUGUGGUUACCGGCUCUUUACCGCCUGUCCGUCAGUCAGAACGUCCAGCACACCGUCCGCUGCCACGCCUGCAAGACCCGACCAAUCACAGGCCUCCGGUACCGCUGUGUGAGGUGUGUGAACAUCCAGCUGUGUCAGAGCUGCUUUCUGACCGACAAACACAAAACUCACCAUCCUGUUAAAGAGCUCCACACACAGCCGACCUGGAGAGAGUCUCUGUCCUCGUUUGUGCACACCGCUCGUCACCGCCUGUUGCCCCGGCGAUCCAGGAAGAGGGCGGAGCCAGCGGAGCCUCAGGACAGAGAUGUUUCCCAUGAUGCAACACUGCGAGAUGUUUCCCAUGAUGCAUCGCUGCGACCGGCGUCCUGUUCAUCCAAAGCUCUGCAGACGGAUGACGUGACGCCACCGCAGAUGAAGGCGUCUGUUCUGAUGACUGAAGUCAGAAACCUGCAGAGAGACAGAUGGCUGAUGGAGCAGCAGCUGCAGGCGUUUCGGCUCACCGUCCAAUCAGAGCAGGGCAUCCUGGAGGACAGGUGCUCGGACAUGGAGGUUACCAUGGAAACGCUGAGAGAGCACAACCUCCGUCUGCAGAGAACCCUCUCUCAGGCUCUGAACAAGAUGGAGGCUCAACAUCACGCCGACAACACGCUACAGAGCGCCAACACGGUAACCACGGUAACCACGGCGGCCACGGAGAGAGAAACCUUCACGCCAACUUCAGACUCCGAGAGAAACCCAGAAGAAGAGGAAGAGUUCCUGAAGACGGAGGACGAGUGGAGCGAGGAAGAACUACAAACUCCCUCUCCCACAAUGCACCGGGACACGUCUCCGUCACAUGACUCCCACUGUGGAGAGGAAGAGGGGGCGGAACUACAGAGGGAGGGGGCGGAGCCACAUAGAGAGGGAGCGGAGCUACAGGAAGAAGAGGACAGCUGCUGUGUGUGUGAAGCAGAGGAUUGUGGGACGUGGAGUCCUGAGGAGCUGCUGCAGGAGACCAUGGAGAGACUGAAGACAGAGCUGCAGACAGACAGGAGGACAGAGAGACAGACAGGUGAGAGGAAGGGGGCGGAGCUUCUGCAGGCGGCCAAUCAGGUGGGAGACUCUCUUCACUGGCUGGUGGUCGCCGUGACAACAGACACACAGUUUGGGUUAUAAAAAGAGUUUAUUGAUAUUUAAAUUCAGCCUGUAGAAUAAUGUUAUAACACAGAUAUAGAACUAUAUCUGUGAUAUCUGAGGUCAUAACUGUUAUAAUAAAAUAACUUCAUCAGAUCAUCUCAGAUGCUUCUUCUGUUCCACAUUAUGAGACUGAAAAUAAAAUAAUAAAAUAGUUACAAAAUCCUAAAUCUCACACGUAGAAAUCACCCAAAAAUAUUUGAAUUAAAAAAAAAAUUUUCAUAAAAAAAUUAAAUAAUAAUACAAAAAAAGAUUUGAAAAAACUUUAAUUCAAAUUUAAAUAAUUUCAUCCAAAAUAAUUACGUAAAAUAGUUUUUAAUUAAAAGUUCAACUUAAAGUUUUCUGCACA